UUGUACCGAGAGCUGCUCUAUGUAGGAACGGAUCAAAGUCCAUAUCAUUUAUUUCACUUCAACCAUAAGUUGUAUUAUUCGGACGUUAGACAGGAUGCCAUCGGGUUUUAUAAUGGCAGAGAUCUGGUGACGCUUCACGAGAAUGUACCAAAUGUGACGGCUCUGUUAAUUCAUCAUGGUCGUGCUACCAGUGACUCAAAUCCAUGUACGUAUGAGUUGUCCGAUUGUCCGCAACUAUGUCUGGCCACAUCGCGUACUGAACGACUUUGUCUUUGUUCGGACCAUUUUACUUUCGAUCAGUACUCACUUCUUUGCAAAGCUCCCGAUAACAUCAUUGUGGCCGGCAGUGAAGAAGGUUUUGUUGUGAUGAACCUGCGGCGAUUACCUGAUCAAUCUUUGUCCUAUCUUGAGGAUCCGAUGGUUCCUUUUAUGCUGCCAUCGGUUGGAGUUCCGUAUUCCAUAGCUAUGGAUACCUCGAGCAGGCUUAUUUUUUGGAUUGAUGCCAAGGACUCAUCAAGGAUCAAGUACUCGCGGCUGACUUUUCCUGCCAAGACUUCUAUUUUCCCUGAUCGUCACAACUGUUCCAUAUUCCAUUCGUUGGCAAUGGACGAGAAUGGGCGUGCCCUUUACGCAUCCUGCCAUUCAAGGUCUGGUGUUGGCUAUGUGUAUGUCUUUAGGGUUAAGGAUAAUCACGCCGUGCCGCUGGAGUUCAUCGGUAAAGUAGUUUCGGGAACUGAGGUCUCUCUGGCUACCGGCCAUGCUCCUGUGCCUCGAGAUAUCACUGUUCUACCUCAGUCUAACUACCUCUUUUACGUGGAUGUUUCACCAUUUCUACCGUCACCGGCUAUUAUUCAAUGUCAACUUGACGGUCGCAAAUGUGAAGCUUGGCUGUCAAAGGAUUUGUGGCCAGGUACAAGAAUCUACGUUGAUCCAGCAUAUUUGCGACUGUUCUAUACGUGCCCCAGUGGCAUAUGGUCACGUGACGUGGGCGUCGUCUCAUCCAACGUUCGUCAUCAUUUUGUCUCAUCGGUAGCCAAUGACUACUCAGUUGCUCCACUUGAUGAAACGGCAAUGUUGGUUGCUCAAAUAUCAUCGAACAAUUCGACCAUUAUCGAGCUCCCGACGAACUCUACAGUAGACCUACCGAGAUCGACUUCUGUACUGCAGAGAUUCAUUGGCAUUUCUUCACGGGUCUGUCGAGAGGCAAGUUGUUCACAUCUCUGCCGUUUUCUUCGCGAUUCCAAGCAAAAAUACGAAUGUAUUUGUCCAUUAGGAUACGCCAUCAGCAAUGAAAACCCUUCGACAUGUCUUCCAAAUGUACCGUGUGCAUCGUGGGAAUUUGCAUGUGAUGACGGGCAAUCAUGUAUUCACUCAGCGAAGAAAUGCGAUCGUGUACCGGAUUGCGCUGAUGGAAGUGACGAGUCUCCUUCAUUAUGCCGGAACGUCAGUCCUGAUCGAUGGCCAUGUGAUGACAGUGCGAGUACUAUAGAUCGCAUGCUGUUAUGCAACGGACAAGUGGACUGCGAGGACGGUUCUGAUGAGCGGCAUUGCCGGUGUCCCUCACCAGCGUCGGAUCUGGACUGCAGCGCUUUCCCGUUGAUGAUCGGAGGCGAAUGUGUGAAGCGUCGGCUAAUGUGUGAUGGAUUCCCAGACUGUGAAAAUGGAGCUGAUGAGAACCCCAAGAUGUGUGCAAACUAUCCCGAUCUCAGUGGCCGAUUCCAGUCUUCUCCCGAGUGGUUGUAUAUACUAUUCCUUGGAUUCAUUGUACUCUUCUGUGCCAUGAUAAUUCUGUUCUGUUGUUUCCGUAACUAUCCACUUUGUGGCAAUGGUCGGCUGGACACGACUUCUUCGAUUCAUCAGCUACGCGGUUCUGGAGUAGCAGAGGCAAACAUUCUGUUACCUCCUCAUCCACAAAUGGGUACACAAGUCGAGGUGGCCUUACGGACGUACUCAGUGGUAACGUCAACGAAUUCGUCGUAUCCAGCUUUACCGCCACCGAAUUCGACAAGAUCACUGAGCCGCUCUAGUGGUUCACGUAAUCGAUCAGAUGUGAAGGACAUUCCGCUGAACCGAUUUUACGCUCCACCACCUAGUGCAGCGAGGUGA